AAGAGUGCAGGGUGCGCUCCAUCCACAGCCUCAGUACACCGGACUGUCAUCUCUGGAGCGGCUCCCUGCAUCUUCACCAGCUCUCUGCUGAGGUCCAGUUCCGUCUUCAUCGGGUUUUACAGUAAUCGGAUACAGAAUGGAUACGUUUUAAUGCGCACCGCCGAGCCGUCAACACUUCCACUUGCGUAAAAAACAGAACAGUUUCUCUAAAACCCGGUCCGCUCAAGUCAGAAUAAUGAUGGAGUAUUGGAGGCAAUGCGCGCUGUGGUUAAUUAACUGCAAGGUGCUUCCAGCUAACCACCGGGUUACAUGGGAGUCUGCACAGGUAUUUGACCUGGCCCAGACCCUCCGGGAUGGAGUCCUCCUCUGCCAUCUACUCAACAACCUAAGACCCCAGUCCAUCAACCUAAAGGAGAUCAACCUCCGACCGCAAAUGUCACAGUUCCUGUGCCUGAAGAAUAUCAGGACUUUCCUGGCAGCGUGCAGCGAGAUAUUUGGCAUGAAGAAAAGCGAGCUGUUCGAGGCCUUUGACCUUUUUGACGUCAGGGACUUUGGAAAGGUUAUGGACACACUAUCUAAACUUUCCCACACAGCCAUCACACAACAAGCUGGAAUCAGGCCUUUUCCAUCCGAAGACAGUGUUGAAGAUGAAGAAAUUUACAACCACCUGGAGGACCUUAUAGAUGAGAAGGGGGUGGAGGAUGAGGAGGAUCUGUAUGACUGUGUGUAUGACGAUGAAGAUGGAGGAGAGAUCUAUGAGGACCUGAUGAAGACAGAAGCCAUCCCUCCUCCGGCAUUUCAGAAACAGGCAGAGACUGACAUCAGGAGCUGCUGUUUAACAGAGAUCAAGCAGACGGAGGAGAAAUACACUGAGACCCUGGAGUCUAUAGAGAAGCACUUUAUGACGCCCCUCACCAUGUUUUUAACCAUGACUGAGAUGGAAAAGAUGUUUGUGAAUAUCCCGGAUCUGGUUAAAGUUCACAAAUGUUUACUGCUGGAAAUCCAAGACUCAGUUCACCACAGAAGUGCCCAGAACCUUUACCAGAUCUUCAUCACGUUCAAAGAGAGGUUGUUGAUCUAUGGGAAAUACUGCAGCCAUGUGGAAACAGCCAUCGCCACUCUGGACUGCAUCUGCAAAGACAGAGAGGACGUACGCAUGAAGUUAGAGGAAUGUUCAAAGAGAGCUAACUAUGGCAAGUUCACACUGAGAGAUCUGCUGGUGGUUCCUAUGCAGCGAGUCUUGAAGUAUCACCUCCUCCUGCAGGAGCUGGUGAAACACACACAUGAGGCCGCUGACAAGCGUAAUCUGCGGAUGGCAUUGGAUGCUAUGAAGGACUUGGCUCAGUACGUUAACGAAGUCAAGAGGGACAACGAGACGUUGCGAGAAAUAGAUCAGUAUCAGAAAUCCAUUGAAAAUCUGAAUCAGCCUCUGAGUAACUACGGGAGACCCAAAGGUGACGGGGAGGUACGGGUGACCUCGGUGGACAAACGAGCCAAACAGGACAGGCACAUCUUCCUGUUCGAUGCGGCGGUGAUUGUAUGUAAGCGUCGAGGAGACAACUAUGAGAUGAAAGAAGUCAUCGACCUGCACCUCUUCAAGAUCACCAACAACCCCACGUCGGACAAGGAGAACCGAAAGUGGUCCUACGGAUUCUACCUCACUCACAACCAGGGCCAGAGCGGCUUUGAAUUUUUCUUCAAGACCAAAGAGCUGAAAAAGAAGUGGCUGGAACAGUUUGGCAUGGCCAUAUCCAAUAUUCGUCCUGAGAACGCCACCAACAACUUCCAUGAGUUUCAUAUGCACACCUUUGAAAGGAUCACCUCCUGCAACUCUUGCCACAUGCUGCUGAGGGGCAUCUUUAACCAGGGCUACCUGUGCUCCAAGUGUGGUUUAGGUGCCCAUAAAGAAUGUCUGGGCCGCUUUGGCUGCUGCGGAAAAACAGAUCCUGGCUCCGUCAGAACUCAGGGCAAAGAUCGAGAUCCAGGUCUGCCCAAGAUGCUGGUAAUCAGGAACUACUUCGGUGUGCCAAGCCCUACGUCUGGUCCAGCACUCAGCAUCCAGACGGGUGACAUCAUCGAAUUAAUCUGCGCCGACCUUCACAGCCCCUGGUGGCAGGGCAAGAUCCUAUCGACGAAAGAGGUUGGCUUCUUUCCAAGCGACGCUGUGAAGCCUUGCCCAUGUGUCCCGAAACCCGUCGAUUACUCCACUCAGCCUUGGUUUGCGGGGCCCAUGGAGAGGCUCCAGGCGGAGGCGGAACUCAUCAACAGGAUCAACAGCACCUACCUGGUACGCCACCGCAGCAGAGAGUACACAGAGUACGCUAUAAGUAUAAAGUACAACAACGACGUGAAGCACAUAAAGAUCCUGACCAAGGAGGGCUGCUUCCACAUCGCAGAAAACAAGAAGUUCAGGAGCAUAUUAGAGCUGAUUGAGUACUACAAACACCACUCCCUGAGAGAAGGUUUUAGGAGUCUGGACACCACACUGCAGUUUCCUUACCGGGAACCAGAGAACGCUGCUAUGCACCGCCUCAACCGGACAGGUAGCAACACCCCAUUUCUCUGCGGCCUCUCUUUUGUAUCUCCUGCCGGCUACAGCUUUGUACCUCCUUCCUCUGCUCCCUUCUGGUCAGUGUUAACGCCGAAAGUGAUUGGCGUGGCGAUCGCGCGGUACGACUUCAGCUCACGUGACACCCGGGAGCUCUCGCUGCAGGAGGGUGACGUGGUGAAGAUCUACACAAAGUCAGGGGCCAACGGCUGGUGGAGGGGCGAGGUCAACGGCAGGGUCGGCUGGUUCCCAUCCACAUACGUAGAGGAGGGUGAGGAGUGAAAGGUCCAAAACGGGAAGAAGAGUACGAAAAAAGAGGAAGCUGUGGAGCAAGCAAACCCGAGCGCACAACAGUAACAAAAGACAGUGAUCUUAUUCUGCACUGCUGCUUGCUCCAGCGUUACUUUUCAGAGCAAAGCAGACGGCUUCACUCUCCUCGAUGGAGUCCUGUUGCCUACAUCCCAGAGGCCUUUGGGAGAGACGAGGGCUACAGUACAUUGCAGACGCAAAGAUGGCCCCAUCAUUUCUGGUUGACUCUGAACGGCUAAGUGACUCCACCAGCAAGCAGCUUGCCUGUCAGCGGGGCAGAAGCCCUCGCCAGUCGCCCCCCUCCUCCCUCCAUAACUUUGUCCGUCCAUCCAUAAUUCACCCUUCGCUCCCUUCCUCUCUCUGCCCCAGCUAGCCGCAGCCCCCGACUCCCACCUGUUUCUGCUUGCCAAGUCGUCCGUCGCCAAUCUGUCAAAAGUGGGAUACCCAAAUGCCACUCUUCCAUAAAAAGGGUUCAUCCAUCCAUCCAUCCAACCAUUCAUCCAUCCAUCCAUCCAUCCAUCCUUCCAACCCCUGUGGGAAUAGAGUUAUCUGAGCUGGAAAAGACCCACACUGUAAAGUUUUUUCCUUCCUUUCAUUCCCUCCUCACACUGAAAGGAUUUCAGUCAGUCUUGACCUUGCCUGUGUGUUUCUUCCACUAAUGCAGGUGGUUAUUGAUGACUUGAUGACCCAGAUUCACACACACACACACACACAUAGACACACACCACCCACCUCUCCUCCCCUUCAGAUUAUGAUCACACACGCACUCUUACAGGAGAUGUAAGAGGAGGGAUGGCGUCGGAUAGCAUCGCUGCACAGUGCCAGCAAUUGAUCGCUGUUGUUCCUGUUUUCCUCCCACCUCCUACAUUCUUUAUCUCCAGCCCAGCCUCUCAUGUUUUCAGUUGUCUUGGCCGUUAGCGAUCCUCUGCUCUUAUCGGUGGCAGCUCUGUCGACAGGAGCACAUUCGCCGAGGCUUUAUCUUAUUGGAGGCAUUAGCGGCUUGUCGGGGAACAAGCCACACUACCAAGAAGCCACCUGUCCCCGAACAUAAGAAAGAAAAGCAGAUGAAACACAAACACUGCCCAACUUUGUCCGUCUUUUUAUUUUUCUCUUUUAUCUCUGCUUUUUUCAGCUUGUCUUAAAAGUUUUUUUUUUUCACUUUCAUCAGCUCCAGUUUUGAUGCAGUUUGAUUGAUAGCAUUCUUGCAAUGGGAUGACAUCUACCCAGAUUUUUACACAGAUGUGUAAGCAUCACAUUAUUUUAUCGUCUUCCUAAGUGUUAGUGGAGACUUUUGCGUCUCUCACACGAGAAUACAAAUUGUGCAGAAACACUUGCACAUUUGCAAUUUAGGGCAUUUGUUUUAGCAAGAAAAACAUCAAAUUUAAACACUUCAAUCCAAAAGAUAUCAGUUUCCCACCACGUUUUUGUUCUUGCUAACUGUCUCCCCUCUUCUUACACCCUCUCCUUUCCUGUGUUCCAGCCUCACCCCCUGAUUAUGCACAGUGUCUCCUUAAUUCACAGUGAAAGAGGAUUUUCCCACAUUUGCGGGAAUAAAUACCUUUACAGAAAAACACACUCCUAAUGUUAACACGCACACUCACUGCUAUAUAGUCAGACAGAAGAAGACGGCACUGUACACAGAUCCAAAACAGUGAUCAACUUAUGUCUGGAGGUGAGGCCGAAAACUCCCCAGCAGUUGGCUUUGUGCAGCGACGUUUUAAUCUCAGCCAACAUGUUGAUUCUCUCUUUAGUUACUUUGCUGUAAAACAAACUACGAACCAUUGUUCUUUGUUGAAAAUAUGUACAUAUUGACAUUUUUAUUUAAUUCACGGUUGGUUGAUUUCUGUUCGCACACAAUGUGCAGAAAGCAGUCACCCAAUCAAACACAGUUCUCCGAAUGUCAGGCAUGCAUUUCUCUGAAGUACUUUGAACUAGUCCUUUAAUAUCCUCAGUUUGAAGUUGUUCUUUGGCUACAUGUCCUUCCUCCUCAUUCCUCAAAUACAGACUUUCACACAGUUAGACACGCCUACGCAUGACAUUUUAAAAACCAUGCAUCUCUUUUCUGUUAAGGGAAACUAUUUAUGUAACAUGCUAUGUACAUAAAAUAAAAUGUCUGUCAGUGAAACACACAUUGAGGUGUACUAAGAGGCAGCAUUCUCUAGUUGACAGUUUAAGUGAAAGAAGUGUCGAAUACUGAGUCUGACAUUGACUAAAGUCAGAACUUUCAGAGCUGAUGUCGAAGUUUAACCGCUUGAGUUCAAGAAAGUGUGGCUAACUAGCGGAUCUUGCCUCUGAUAACAGCCCUCAGGGCAUUGCUUUCAUUCAAAGCUAUCAUCCCCAUGUCUUGUCUCCAUUGUGCCCACGCCACAGAGUGUUGUAUCAGAAAUCUACUUUGUGAAUCUAAGUGAGAAUUUAUUGUAAAGAUAUGCUUUUGUAUGCGCUUAAUGGAGCCAUUUCGUUUGAAAUUCACUAACAACCCCCUGCCUGCCCUGUCACUCCACGCCAUUAUGACGCGUGUGACAAAGAGCUUUUUGUUCUCAGUUGUAUUGUUUAACCACUGGACUGAAAAAUAUUGUGUCAGAUGGGUCAUAUUAAUGUAUUUUUGCAUGACAACUCCCUUUUUUUUUUUUACAACUUGUAUCAUCAACAGUAUCAUUAAGUGACCACUAGAUGGAAGCAUCCUAAACACAUCUCCUUCUCUCUGAGCAGUCACCUUCAACUUACUAAAGUUUGGAGAUGACAUCAUCUCAUUUGGCAAACAAUAUUUAAAGAAGCAAUUAGCAAGAGGCUCAGACUUGCUGCUGUGAGUGAGGAGCUGUGAUCAGAGAGAUGAUUAAAAACAGACAAAAAACUGUUUUUAUAGAGGUGAAGAAGUGAACGGGCAGGUAGACGACAGAUGCAGUGUGUUUAAAAGUAUUUCGAAAAUAAGUUUUAUUGUAAAGUUUCUCUAACUUCAGAUCAGAUUUCUAAAUUUUAUGAUAUUCUAAAGAAACUUCUUGUCCAGUAGGAACAGUGAGGAUGAUAUUUCUCCUCCCCUCCUGUUUCCUGAAAAGUCUGCAGUCUCUGAACAACCAAACAUUAAAUUCAUAACAUCUUUAGGAAAUCUGUGGUGCGACAGCGGCACAAAUGCGAUCCAGCACUAGCUUCUCUCCGGUCUCGGUGGAGAAGUGGAGAAGGUGGAGUAGGCUUCUCUAAUCGCAGACUCCGGUAAUCCACUCCCGCACUCCUCCUCUGCCCAGAUGAACUCUGACAGCGGGGCCAUUUACAACUGCAGGCCUUCCUCCCCUCCCUGAGUGCGAUUCCAGAUUUUGUGUGCACGGGAGGGACGGGAGGAAGGCUCAAGGGUAUCUGUGAUCUAAUCAUUACACCAUCUCCUCACCCCAGCGACCCCACUGCAUCCAUCUCUCUGUCGGCUCCCCUCUCUCUCGCUCUGCCUCACCUUGUCACUUCCCUUCUCUCUUUCUCUCUCUCUCUUUCCCCAUCUAUCUUUCAUCCAAUCUCUGUCUUCUUGGUUUCUCUCUGUAUUCUGUCCCUCACCCCGAUGCUCUGUGGGCUGUAACCGCUGUAUGUUGGCGGGAGGAGAACAGAGGAUUCAGUAUUAUGAGGAGAGGAGGAAGAGAGGCGGUCUGAUUCUCCGUAAACAACCUCAGCAAGAUGAGGACUAGUGUAAUUUUACCACAAAUGAAUAGACUGAGAGAAAUAAUGCCAAUUAGAGAGAGAAUUAGUAUUGGCUCUCACCACUGUCAUCUCUUCAUAUACAGUGUGUGCACAGAUUAUGUCCUCAUGCGUAGGAAUACACUGUACGUGCGGAAAUACAUUUUGAAAGGAUUCAGGACCGGGCAAGUCUUAACCCAGCAGGGGUUUUAGGAUACAAUCUCCUGAACCAACACAUAAGGACAGUUCUGUAGUAACCUGAACAGAAAUGUAAUAUCCACCUGUACAUGAAGAAAAAUAUGUCUGAAUAAUAAUACUUAAUAAUACUAAAAUACUUCUUCCUUACUGGGCUGAGACUCUAUUUUUGAUCCAGGAAAUCAUUCACAAAUCAUCUCCCCACCCCCCUCUGCGUCAGUGCUCAGUCUUGACUGAAGUUUGCAUUCAUUGUGUCCAUGUACUGUUAACCCUACGAAGCCAAAGAUGUAUGCCGUACUUCAUGUACACUCAAUGUUAUGUCUCAUAACCACGGUACCCGACCGCUGUGGCCUAACUCUAUAACUGUGCAAUCUCGACUGUGUAGCAUUACUGUGUAUUGUUGCUGUAUCAUACUGUAAAAUAUGUACAUAGCACAUAAAUAAAGAUAUACAUUGCUUCUUCUA